UAUCUCGCUCCCUCUCCCUCUCCCUCUCCUCUGCUAUUCCAUCUCUUCCCCUGCACCUCUCGCUCUCCUCUAUGUCUCUACUGAGCUCAUUCGUCUCUCUUCCUCUGGCUCGACUGACUGCAGGGUUCUAAGUAGCUGCUCGGUUUAAAACCCUAAUCUAACCCAGUGAUUGGUUUCUGAGAAAACAAAGGAAAUUAUUUUUUUUGAAGAGCAAUCAACAAGUGUUCCAUCUGAAUUUCUAUUCCAGUCUCUCUUGGCUCACACUGAUUUGAAAUUUGUACUGAAGCAAGGCUGGUGUGCCUCACUUCGGUGAAGCUUGCGCUUUGCACAUAGGCCCCAAGAGACCUUGGCACCUCGGUGCGCCUAUCACCUUUAAUAACACUGAGUUUGGCAUAUACUUAUGAAUGGCUUGGAGUGAGGUUGGGAGAAAGGGAAUUUGUUCUAGCCUCACAAAAGCCUUGACUUCAACAACGUUCAGAGAUGCACUGGUGUCAAAAUCUUCAAACACCGUUGAAGGAAAGGUGAAGGCAUUUUCUGCUUCAGUCAGAUGCAUACCAGAAUUUUCUAUCAGCCGAGUGUUAUGGGGUGCUGACAAUUGCAAAUUUUUGACCAAGCGGCCCUUAAUACGGUAUUUUCAUGCGAGUGCGGAACUGUCGGCUAGAAGAAAUGAUGAGCCACUUGGUUUGAAGACUCCCAGUAAAGGGAAGUUCGUGAAAAGAAGCAAUAAGACUCAGCCACCUGUUGAUACUCCAUAUGUUCCCCCUAAAUUAAAAAGAACUGCGAAAUCUAUGCCUGAUAGGAAAAUCGACAUAUUUGAAGGCAUGACUAUUGUAGAGCUUGCGAAGCGAACCGGUGAAUCAAUUUCCACCUUGCAGGAUAUUCUUAUAAAUGUUGGGGAGAAGCUUGAUUCAGAGUUUGACCCUCUCAGCAUAGACAUUGCAGAGCUGAUUGCAAUGGAAGUUGGGGUCAAUGUUAGGAGGCUGCACUCAAAUGAAGGUGCUGAAGUUCUACCACGGCCUGCAGUUGUAACAGUCAUGGGACAUGUUGACCAUGGUAAAACCUCUCUCUUAGAUGCUUUACGCCAAACAUCAGUGGCAGCCAAAGAAGCCGGAGGCAUAACUCAGCAUCUUGGUGCAUUUGUUGUCAGCAUGCCGUCAGGUGCAUCAAUCACAUUCCUCGACACUCCUGGUCAUGCUGCCUUUAGUGCAAUGAGAAGAAGAGGUGCGGCAGUGACAGAUAUAGUUGUGCUCGUGGUGGCUGCUGAUGAUGGGGUGAUGCCGCAAACUCUCGAAGCCAUGUCCCAUGCAAAAGCAGCCGAUGUGCCAAUUGUUGUUGCUAUUAAUAAAUGUGAUAAACCAGCUGCGGACCCAGAAAGAGUAAGAGUGCAGCUUGCUUCAGAGGGUUUGCCACUGGAGGAGAUGGGUGGGGAUGUUCAGGUUGUUGAAGUGUCUGCAGUAAAUAAAGUCGGACUGGAUAAGUUAGAGGAGUCUUUGCUACUCCAAGCUGAGUUGAUGGAUCUAAAAGCACGUAUCGACGGACCUGCCCAAGCUUAUGUGGUUGAGGCAAGACUAGACAGGGGGCGUGGACCUUUGGCUACUGCAAUAGUGAAGGCAGGGACUUUAGUUUGUGGCCAGCAUGUUGUUGUGGGUGCAGAGUGGGGAAGAAUAAGGGCUAUUAGGGAUACGAUGGGGAAAUUAACAGAGGGGGCUAGACCUGCAAUGCCUGUUGAAAUUGAAGGGCUGAGGGGACUUCCAAUGGCUGGUGAUGAUAUCAUUGUCGUGGAAUCUGAGGAGAGAGCUAGGAUGCUUAGUGCUGGAAGGAAAAAGAAAUUUGAGAAAGAUAGGCUCACGAAGAUGGAUGAGGAGAAGACAGAGGAAACUCCAGAUCCAUCAGAAGAGGUGCCGAAGAGGGUUGAAAUGCCAAUUAUAGUGAAAGCCGAUGUGCAAGGCACUGUCCAAGCAGUCACAGAUGCAUUGAAGAGCUUAAAUAGUCCUCAGGUUUUUGUAAAUGUUGUCCACGUUGGUGUUGGGCCUAUAUCUCAGUCUGAUUUGGACUUGGCACAAGCCUGUGGUGCAUGUAUUGUUGGAUUCAAUGUGCGCAAUCCACCGAGUUCAGUCACUCAGGCUGCAACUCGCGCCAAUAUAAAGAUAAAACUGCAUCGUGUGAUCUAUCACCUGUUGGAGGACAUUGGAAGUUUUAUUGUGGAGAAGGCCCCUGGAACUUUUGAGACCCAGGUAGCAGGAGAAGCCCAGGUGCUGAACAUCUUUGAGAUCAAAGGAAGGAGCAAAGCCAAGGGAGACGAUGUGAAGAUCGCUGGAUGCCGCGUGAUGGAUGGGCGUUUCACCAAAUCGUCUACCAUGAGGCUUCUAAGGAGUGGGGAAGUUGUGUUUGAAGGGUCUUGUGCAUCCCUGAAGAGGGAGAAACAGGAUGUUGAGACAGUCGGGAAAGGUAACGAGUGCGGACUCGUGAUUCGUGAUUGUUUCGAUUUUCAGAUCGGAGAUGUUAUCCAGUGCUUGGAGCAAGUCAACCGGAAACCUAAGUUCAUUUCAUCAGAGAGCGGGGCCGUUCGAAUUGAAUGCUGACAAUGCUUUUCAAGAGUAAUGUUAACACAGAAUUCAUGUACUUUCUUGUAACAUUUUGAUAUCUGCAGGACCAGUUCAUUUUUUGUAGGGUUGAGCAGAGCCCUCAUGGCCCUGCCGGUGGUGUCCAAUGCUUGGAACUGCAAGAGGCUUUUAUUUAUUUAUUAGUGAUUUGCAAUUUUGAGAGAGCGAUUGUUUCAUUUGGUGUUUUGACAGUUUCUGUUUAACUGAGGAACUAACAUACUAAUACUGCUCAUAUUUCAAUCCCGUA